AUGCAAAGCUCCAAAGAAGAAACCAAGAAGCAGCAAAAGCGUGGUGGACUCGGAAGAAGCAGAAGAAGCUGCUGUUCUAAGGCUUUGUGGUGCAGCUCUAGGCUGAGUGUUUCGUCGUCCGAAGAAGAAUCCGAAAUCUCAGUAAAUUCUUCUGAAAGGUAUCCCACAAUAUCUAGCAUAGCACAUGCCAUGGUUCAAGAGAAGCUAGACCAGAUGAUCAAAGAGCGGAAACAGCAGCAACAUCAGGAAGCGAGAAAUAAACAAGACAGGUGGCGACGAUCAAGAGAAGAAGGAGGGAAUUACCGUGAUCAGCGUGAUCAUGGAUCAUCAUCAUCAUCAUCAAAGUUCGUAGUAAUGCUGGCAAUGGAGAAGUCCUCUUAUGAUCCCAGAGAGGACUUCAGAGAAUCCAUGCAGCAGAUGAUAACUGCAAACAGGAUUUAUGAGCCAAGGGAUCUGCGACGCCUCUUGAAUUUUUAUGUGUCCAUGAAUUCUGAAGAAUAUCAUGGUGUUAUACUUGAGGUGUUCCACCAAGUAUGUACCACCUUAUUCUUAUCUUGUAAACAAAAUAUACACAGAAGGAAGCACUAUUAUUUGUAG